AUUUGUCUAUUUCAAAGUGAUUGGGAAGACUAUUUGUGCCAGUGAAACAUACGUUUUUGUAUAAACAUUUUGGAUGUGCACAACCUUAAGCUGCAGCUGUCAUGCCGCACCACAAGAUACAAGUGGGGUUGGAGAACUUGGUGAGGGAUGUGCUAGGUGAAGCAGAAAUCGGCGAGGAUGUACCAGGCAAGCAGAACGACGAGGCGCGCGAAGGCAACGUCACCUACGGCAUCGACGACACACCACCGUGGUACCUGUGUAUCUUCAUGGCUCUUCAGCACUACUUGACGAUGAUCGGAGCCAUCGUAGCGAUCCCCUUCAUCCUCUGUCCCGCGCUGUGCAUGCAGGAAACAGACCCUGACCGAUCAAACAUCAUCUCCACCAUGAUCUUCGUCACAGGCCUAAUAACCUGGCUGCAGGCGACCUUCGGCUGCCGCCUGCCCAUCGUGCAGGGUGGCACCAUCUCCUUCCUAGUUCCCACCCUGGCCAUCCUGGGUCUACCUGCUUGGCGCUGCCCUGCUACUGAGGAGUUGGAUGCUAUGAGUAACGAGGAACGGAGAACAGUAUGGACUUCGAGGAUGUGCGAGUUGUCAGGAGCUAUUGCUGUGUCAGCUCUGUUCCAGGUGUUUUUAGGGUAUUUUGGCGUCAUCGGGUCCAUGCUGAAGUUCGUCACGCCCCUGACCAUCGCACCAACGGUAGCGCUGGUGGGGCUGACGCUGUUUGACCACGCAGCCGAAGCGGCUUCGGGCCAGUGGGGGAUCGCAGCUGGAACGUUCACAUUGCUGACGGUGUUCUCGCAAUGUAUGGGCGGCGUGAGCGUCCCCACGUUGUCAUGGAAACGGUCUACCGGCUGCUCGGUCCAGUGGUUCCCACUUUUCAAGCUGUUCCCGGUUCUCCUGACCAUAGCCAUUAUGUGGUUGGUGUGCCUGAUCUUGACGCUGACGGAUACCUUACCGGCUGGACACCCGGCCCGCACGGAUCUCAAGCUGGUCAUCAUUGAAGACGCACCCUGGUUUAGAGUUCCUUAUCCAGGCCAAUGGGGAGCACCGACAGUGAGCGUGGCGGGCGUGCUAGGCAUGCUGGCCGGCGUGCUAGCAUGCACCGUCGAGUCCAUCAGCUACUAUCCCACCACGGCCAGGAUGUGCGCGGCCCCACCACCUCCGCUCCACGCCAUCAAUCGUGGUCUAGGUACUGAGGGUCUGGGAACAGUACUGGCUGGUCUGUGGGGAUCCGGGAAUGGAACCAACACCUUCGGAGAAAACGUGGGGGCUAUCGGUGUCACGAAGGUUGGAUCACGGCGCGUGGUGCAAUGGGCAGCGGGCCUCAUGAUUCUGCAAGGAGUGGUCGGGAAGCUUGGAGCCGUCUUCAUCAUCAUACCACAGCCGGUGGUGGGGGGACUGUUCUGUGUCAUGUUCGGCAUGAUCUCGGCUUUCGGUCUAUCAGCCCUCCAAUACGUGGACCUGAACAGCUCCCGGAACCUGUACAUCAUCGGGUUCAGCCUGUUCUUCCCGCUAGUGCUGACCCGCUGGAUGGCCGCGCACAGCGGGGUGAUACAGACCGGGGUGGAAGCUCUGGAUGCUGUGCUGCAAGUGUUGCUGUCUACUUCGAUCCUUGUCGGAGGAGUCUUGGGAUGUCUUCUUGAUAAUUUGAUACCAGGCACGGACGAGGAGCGCGGGCUGGCAGCGUGGGCCAAGGAGAUGUCGCUGGAAGCGGCCGGCGCGACGCUAGGUGGCGACACUUACGACUUCCCCGUCGGAAUGUCACUCAUACGCAGAUGGAAAUGGACAUCAUACCUCCCGUUCAUGCCGACAUAUGAAGCCGGCAAGUUCACCGCACUCUUGACGAGGAAAAAGGACAGCUAGCGAGGAAAAGAGACAGUCUAUACUGUCCACCAAAAUGGCGCGAGAGGCCGCAAGUGUCAGGGCCCUCAGAUAUAUCGAAGCGGCCGAUGUGCUCAAAAUAUCUGAACACACACUAUAACGCAUUGAUUAUAGAGGCGAGUUCAGUUAUUUGCGAGCCCCUUUUCCGCUUCAAUUCAUCUAAAUUGUGUACCUACCUAUGAAGCGUAUUUUGAUUAAAAUUUGAUAUGAAUCGCAGUGCGGCCGUAUUUGAAAUAUGUAAGUUACACAUAAUUAAUUAAGUAGGUACCUACUUAAGUAAAACAGUAGUCAAUAUUAUUAUAAUAUUUUGAAUAAAUUAUUUUAUUACA